AUGGCUGAGAUGAUAGCUCAAUUGACAGAGCAGAUGAAUGCGCAGAUGGCGCAGUUUAUGGAAGCAUUGACUAAUGUGACCAAGGGGCAGGAUGACUUGCGAGUUCUCGUCGAGAAUUCCAGAAGGGUUGAGAAUGGAGGACAUUCGAGGCUGUUUGACGAUGUAUCGAGGCAUAGUGCGGAUGGUGUACCUGAGGAAGCUGAGAGGUAUCGUCUGAUUGAAGAACGUCUCAGAGCUGUCGAAGGCAAAGGGGUGUUAGGCAUGGAUAUCAAUGACUUGGGGCUGGUUCCUGGUGUGAGGGUUCCACCGAAAUUCAAAGUGCCAUCUUUUGACAAAUACAAUGGGGCGACUUGUCCUAUGACUCAUGUCAAGGCUUACUAUCGCAAGAUGUCAGUAUACUCAGAGGAUGAGGGUUUUCUAAUGCAUUUCUUCCAGGAUAGCUUGGCUGGGGCUUCCUUGGAGUGGUAUGUUCAACUCGAACGCACUCAUAUUCAUUCUUGGAGAGAUCUUGUGGAGGCUUUCAUUAAGCACUAUCAGUACAAUGUUGACAUGGCGCCCAAUAGAACUCAGUUGCAGAGUUUGGUUCAAGGAUCUAAAGAAUCUUUCAAGGAGUACGCUCAGAAAUGGCGUGAGUUAGCCGCAAGAGUUCAGCCACCGAUGACUGAACGUGAGAUGAUUGACAUGUUCACCAGUACUUUGUCUGGACACUAUUACUUGGCCUGUAGUGCUUCAACCAACUUUUCUGAAAUGUUGGGAGCUUCUUCUAAUACUCCUAGUGGUAAGAAACAAGCUGAGAGUUAUGCUCGAAGGAAAGAAGGAAAUGCGGAUGCCAUAUAUGGAAGGAGGGGUUCAGGGAGAAGCAAUUCACAGAUUAAUGCUGUCAUGAUCCCAGUACCACAACAACAACAACACCAAGGACAACGUUCCAGUAAUGAUCGUUAUCCUCCCAGGACUAGACCUCACAGAAAGAUUGAUCCGAUUCCUAUGACUUAUGCUCAAGUGUUGCAACAUUUGCUCAAUAUUGAGAAGAUUACUUUGAGAGAUGCUCCGAAUGCUCCAGACACACAAUCUCCGAAUUACAAUGCAAAUGCACGAUGUGCUUUCCAUUCGGGAGCUGCUGGGCAUGAUACCGAGAGGUGUAUUGCGUUGAAGAAUAAAGUCCAGGACUUGUUGGAUCAAAAGAUAAUUCAGUUUACUCCUACACCCAAUAUUGUCAAUAAUCCGAUGCCUGCUCACGGAGGUUCGGGUGUAAACGCCAUUGAGAGUGAAGAGAUAAGUGUUGUAUCUGAUGUGAGCUGUUUGACCUUCCCUCUUGUAUCUGUGAAGCAACAUCUGAUUAAUAGCGGCAUCUUCCCAGGCUGUGGUGUUGAUUGUGAGAAGUGCAAAAGUCAACCCGAAGGUUGUGAUGACUUGAAAGGUAUGGUACAAAAGCUGAUUGAUGAGGGUCCUCUUCAGUUCUAUCGAAGAUUGAGAAAUGCGAAGAGAAAUGAUGGUGAAGUGUCUGUGAUCUCAAUUCCUUAUGAGCCGGUUGCUCCAAUAUGUAUCCAAGUGCCUAUUCAGAUGCCUUUCAGUAUCCCGUAUGAGGAACAACCAGCAGCUUUGAUGAUUGCUGUACCAGGGCCUAUUCCAUAUGAGAGUGAGAAGGCCAUCCCUUGGCAUUAUGGUUCAGAUGUAUAUUACUAUGGCACGAAGGAGGAAAGAGAGCCAUCUAAAGAGAAGUUUGUUGAGGCCUCAGUUGCAAACACUGAUAAUUUUGCCGGUACUGGUAGAAUUACUCGCAGUGGUAGGGUGUUCUCCCCUCAGCUUGUUCAGAACAAUGCAGAUGCUUCGGCCAAGGCCAAAGGGAAGCAAGUAGUGACUGAUGUCCAGAAUCCUCCAACUCAGAACGGGGCACCUGAUAGUGCUGUGUCUUCCAAGGAUGGGACGACCUUGUCCCGCGUUCUGGUUGAUACUGGGUCUUCUUUAAAUGUGCUGCCUAAAUCAGCUCUCAUGCGAAUUGACUAUGCUGGUGUUGAGUUAAGGCCUAAGAUCGAAGGUGAAAUACAUGAGACUCCGUUUCAAGCGUUUGAAGCUGUGAACGCUGUGAGAACUCCUCCUUAUGAAAUAACAAAGCCAGAAACGAUUAUGUCCUCUUUGAAAGAUGCUCAAGUUGUUGCUGAGACUGGAAGAGUGGAAGGCUGGGGGCAAAUAUUGUAG